AUGCAUGAAGAGGUUCCUAAUGUCGUGCGACUGGCAUUACAUCUUCCAGGAAUGCAUAAAAAAUUAUAUAAACAAGGAUUUGCAAUUGGUAGAUUAUACUUUGCUGACCAUACUGCAGGAGAGCGAUUCUAUUUAAGACUUCUAUUAACUAAAAUUCGUGGCCCACAAUCAUUCGAUCAUUUAAAAACAGUUAAUAAUAUUACUUACCCAACAUUCAAAGAUGCAUGUAUCGCGCUAGGUUUAUUAGAAGAUGAUAAUGAAUGGAAACAACGUUUGGAAGAAGCUGCGAUUAUGCGAAGUGGUGCUCAACUAAGAUUACUUUUUGCUGUUAUACUUAUACAUUCUUCUCCAACCAUCCUCACAACUUAUGGUUAA